UAUGCCUGUGUUUGAACGUAAAGCAAUUCGUACGACCUGCAAGUGAAGUGACUAGUGAAGGCCUAGCUAAGCCUAAUAUACAUUUAUAGACGAUGAAAGUAGGAAUAUCACAACGCACCUUGAACUUAUAGUCAGUAUUGUUAAGUCGUUUUCACGAUGAUCAUAGAAAAUGUGGAAGCUUUGAAGUCGUGGCUGGCAAAACUCCUGGAGCCAAUAUGUGAGGCCGACCCCUCUGCUUUAGCCAACUAUGUUGUGGCUUUGGUAAAGAAGGACAAACCUGAGAAAGAGUUGAAAGCACUUUGUGCAGAUCAACUGGAUGUCUUCUUACAAAAAGAGACCACUGGUUUUGUUGAUAAGCUCUUUGAAUGUUUGACCACCAAAAACUACUUGGGGAAUCCACCUGCUAAGGAAGUUCCCAAAGAGGAGCCCAAACUCCCCGUGCUAAAACAGGAGGCUGUGGAGGCUGAAAAUGUAGACGAGGAAAGGGGGGAUAACAGGAGGCGGAGAAGUCCACUGAGAAGCCGCUCUGACUUCAACGAUUCAAGGGGACGUGAUGACCGCAGACGAGACGACCGCAAGCGGCGUGACAUGGACCGCCACGGUAAAAGCACAGAUUCCCACCGGGAAAGGCAUGACCGGCGCGGAGGCAACUCUCGUGGGCGCAGCUACAGUCGCAGCAGGAGCCGCAGCCGAAGUGGGAGCCGUGGCAGGGACAAGGAGCACAGCCGAGGGAGAGAUUACAGAUCAAAGUUUGAAGUGGAGAGGAAGGAGCCCGAGAGUUUCAACUCUACCUCUGGGUCCCUGGUAACCCAACAACAGCACCAGCACCCUCCCCCACUCCUACCAACCCCCCAGCAGCACCCGUUUCCCUCCUCCGGGGGCCAAGCCGUCCCCAACUCUGUUACCGUGGUAGCGCCCGCUCACCUGCCCGACAGCACUACAGAGAGCUGGUCUAAUUACUACUCUAAUCACAGGGAGGGCAAGCCGUUCAACAAGGGCACUUCAGUCAAGCACCGCUGCCGUGACUACGACGAGAAAGGUUUCUGUGUGCGUGGUGACCUCUGUCCCUUUGACCAUGGCAAUGAUCCUCUGAUCGUGGACGACGUCACGCUGCCCGCCAUGAUCCCGUUUCCCCCACCUGGCAUGCCACCACCGGCCCGGAUGGCCAUGCCCCCCCACGGCCAGCCGCCCCCGGCCAUCAGGAUGGCCAUGCCCCCCCACGGCCAGCCGCCCCCGGCCAUCAGGAUGGCCAUGCCCCCCCACGGCCAGCUGCCCCCGGCCAUCAGGAUGCCCAUGCCCCCCCACGGCCAGCCGCCUCCACCGGGCAUCUUCCCUAUGCCUCCUCCUGGGCCCCCGUUAAUACCUACCAGUGGGAUAGAAACUCCCAACCACUCAGGGACGAGUUCCGCCUCCUCUCUGGGACCACCUGGAGUGGGACCUCCUCCUCUUCCUCCACCUCCUCUUCCUCCACCACCUCCUCCUUCCUCCUCUUCUCUCUCUCUACACCCCCAAUAUUCUCAGUCAGAAUAUAAUUACGACCCAGAGGGCUACAACCCAGAGUCUCCAGGCAUGACAGCAACUGGCCGGCCCCAGUACAGGCAGUUCAUCCCCCGCAUCCAGACCCAGAGGCCCAACCUGAUCGGCCUCACCUCCGGGGAUGGACAGGGAUCCAGAGGUAUCACAUCGGCUAACAUAGUGAUCCAGACAGAGCCGGCGGUGGCCAGUGUCCCCAGCAGUGUGUCAUGCUACAGCAGCACAGAGCAGGAGAGUAGGAAGAGGCCCCUGGGGCCCACAGAGGGUCCACCGCCCAAAACAACCUGGAUGGACAAACCCAACUACCAGGCCAACAACCAACUCACCUUCCCCAACAACAAGCCCCAACACGGGGGCUUCCCCAAGAAGAAUCACUACGUCAAUACUAAGCUUGAAGUUCGCAAAAUCCCCCGAGAUCUCAACAACAUCACCAAAUUGAAUGAGCACUUUAGCAAGUUUGGUACCAUCGUAAAUAUUCAGGUGGUGUUUGGUGGCGACCCCGAGGCAGCUCUGAUCCAGUACACAGCCAACGAGGAGGCACGGCAGGCCAUCUCCAGCACUGAGGCGGUGCUCAACAACCGCUUCAUCCGAGUGUACUGGCACCGUGAGACCAACACCCAGCAGCAGGGACAGGGCAUGGGCCAGGCGGACGGACACGGACAGAGCUCUGCCAUGGGGCAGCAGCACCCCAAUGUUCACAAGCAGGUGAUCAAGCAGCACAGUCCCGGGGCCUAUGUGCUGAAUAAUAAGACGGUGACCAAACAUGGCCUUGGUGUUGGGGCUGUGGCCGGGGGCAAACUGGACGCCCUGCACCCCAGCGCAGACCCUGCAGCGGCACUCUUCUCUACCUCUGUGGCCCUUCAGAAGGGACCCUACAGCUCCACAGUCCCCAAGGGAGCGUCCAAGUCACUUGGUAAAACUGCCAGAGCACUUGAAGCACAGGAGGUCUUGAAAAAGAAGCAGGAGACAUUGAAGUUGCAGCAGGACAUGAGGAAAAAGAAGCAGGAGAUGCUGGAGAAGCAGAUUGAAUGUCAGAAGGCUCUGAUCAACAGACUUGAAAAGAACAGGGCCACAUUGAAGCCAGAGGAGAGGGCCAACAUUAUGAAGACUCUGAAGGAUCUGACCGACAAGAUCUCCCAGCUCCAGAACGAGAUGAACCCAGCCUCCCUCUCCACAGCCAACACGGCUCAAUCCAAGACGAAGACCGACGCACAAAAGGAGCUUCUGGACGCAGAGCUUGAUUUCCACAAGAAGAUGAGUUCUGGAGAGGACACGACCGACCUGAAGAGGAGACUGGGUCAGCUGCAGGUUGAGGCCACCCGGUUGGGCCUGAUACCGACCGGGCGGGGGAAGGUGGACGAUGCAGCAGCCGUCAGGGGCAGGGGCCGAGGAAGGGGCAGGGGACGGGGACACAGAGGAGGAGUCAGAGGAGGGGGAAAUCACAUGGUGGUGGACCACAGGCCCCGAGCCAUCGCCAUCUUGGGAGUCACACCAGAAGAGAAGGAGGAGCUUAUGCCUCACUUUGUGAGAUUUGGUGAGAUAGAGGAGCUCCGCGAUCAGGAUGCUACCAGUGUUGUCAUGACGUUCAAGACCCGGAGCGAAGCAGAGAAUGCGGCAAACCAAGGAGCAAAGUUCAAAGGUCGCGUUCUACAGAUUUCAUGGUACAAGCCGAAGACACCAUCCGUGUCCACAGAACCUGAGGAGGAGGACUCGAAGGAAGAGGUCAAUGCGGAGGAAGUCAGCUCCUACCUGCUCAUGGAGGAAGAGGAAGACGACGAUGAGGAUGACGAGUAUGAGUCUCGUUCAUGGAGGCGAUGAAGGCAAUACGAACGUCACGCUUUUUCGUGGGAAGGACUUUGAUAUAUUUUUUUAACUAAUUCAAGUUGAUUUGACGGAAAUCACUUCUUUAGGUUUUUUUAGACCAACUUCCAGUAUUUUGAGACUGAAGAAUUAAGGACUAAUAUGAUACAAAGUCUAUACUUUAAUGAUGCGUGUGAAGCUUGAAAGGGCAGACUGUUUUCUCUUGAAACAUUUGAAUAAUUAUUAAAAUCUCACUUUUGCUGAGAUAAAUAUCUAAACUGUUAUAAAUAGAUGUAUGUUUCGAUGUGGUUACCAGAUAAUAUCAGUAAAACAUUUGACUACUGUGAAGAGGUAUUUUUAUACAUAUUUAAGCUAUGGUUUCAUCCUCUCUUUGGCUGAUGUUGUCUAUAAUUACGAGGCUCAAGGUCCACAGACCAGGGAUGGCUACGCUGUCACAGAUCUCACAGUCUGUCUACAGCAGAGAUCGCUAUGUUUACAGAAGGCAUCAGCGUCCCCUGUUGAAAUAUAAAUUAGAUACAGCCUCCAUCUUGGAUUCCAAGAGACACUUGAUAUUCCCCUGAGUAUUUUGUUGUCGACUAAAUGUGUGGUGCCACUUUAUGAACACCAGGACUAAUGUUACGCACUUUUGAGAUGGUAACAACUCUAUUUUCUCUUUUUCCAAGUCAUCAUCUCUGUCUUCUGAGACCAAAGACAUCUUUGGAUGAGGAUCUAGUCAUCUAUUGUCAAAAGUGUUGGAGAUCUGUAGACAAUGGUGUUUGAAUGUAUACUGAGCAUUUGGUUUUAUAUAUAAUUUUGCCUUAAAUAAUCAGCAGAAGGCUGCAUUUUUAUGAGAUUUGUAAUUUUUCUUGCAAUAGGAAUUACUUUGAUAUUUUUUCAGUUUGUCAUUUGAAUGAGUGUUGAAAUUGUUUCAGGAAAAGAGGUCCCAUUUUAUUUUCAAGCAAGAGUACUUAAUAUCCCUACUUAAGGUAGGUUUGUGUUAAACCAAACCUUGUGGCGUCACUUCACAUAACAACACAUUCUUACCAGCUCAUCUCUGCCAGGAUUUAGCUGCAUGGUUUUGCGACCUGACAAGUAACCAGCCAUUUGUAACAGAUUGAACAUUUCUCCAUGCACAGUUUCUGAUCUUAUUUUACAGUAGCAUUAUUCGGCAGCAGUUAAUCCAUUCGAUGUAAGCGAGGCACUUGGUGUUAAUGAGUGAGGACUCCCUGCAAGUCAAGAAACAUUAUGUUGGUGGCUCUGAAAUGUGCAAAGUAACACCCUCUUGUGAAGGCGUAUACUUGAUGAAAAAAGUUAUUUGUAUUAUUUGUCCUUACAUACGGUAUUUACAUUUCUUCAAGAGAGGGGAAAAAUGAAAAUUUGUAUAGCUGCUGAAGUAUAUAUAUUGAACCCUAUAGCAUGUUAUGCUUUCAUAUUUGGCCAGGGUCUCCCUCUAGCUGGACACUAAACCAUUGAAUUAAAUGUGAGUGCAAAAAAAACAGGUACGUUGCUGUAGCCCCUACGAGAUCUUGACCCCUGUUCAUUUUGCAGUCCUAUUGGAAGAGUUAGUAGAUUAGAGAAAUGGGGCAAGUAGGAGGCUUACUCUUUCACUCCUCUCUGCCUUAUCUCCGUGAGGCUUGGCGUUACCGUCUAACAGAUAUCAGCAUGACACUUAUAUCAGGUCACAAUAUAUUUAGUUUUGAAGAUAAAUAAAAAGCCCUUUUGAAAUGUGAGAAAGGGAUGACCGUAAGACUCUAGAAGGCAAAGGCCUGAGAAUUAGACCUUGUCCUUUUUCACUGCACGGUAUCCUCACACUUGUUUGCUAUGUGCUUUUAUGAACAGUCCUUCGCUUGAAAACUUCAGUAAAGGACAGAUAUAUUGGCAAGAAUAUUACAUGUCAAAGUGAGAUUUCAGAAAUUGCUUUGAGAAUGUUCUCCCCUUGUUUGUACUGCCUUGUGGAUGCGACUGUGACAUCGUAGUGUAAAAUGGAAACCAUUUAUUGGAAGAAUCAUUUUUGGAUUUGUUACUGUUUAUAUUUGUGGGAUGUGGAUGUAUUUUUGAUUUAUUCUGUUUGUAAAAUGGAUUUCUAACUCACUAGCAUGUUUGCUUUUACCAAUAAAGAUGGAGGAAUGGGGUGAUUGGAAGAGGAACAAAAUACAAAAUAAUUAAAAGAAACAAUUUGAAUUAGACACAAGUAAAAAAAAAAAACUUAAAAAAUGAUA